AUGCCGUUGGCACAGCUUGUCAGCAGGAUGACUAUGGAGUCGGUACCACUCACGCCACGUGAAGCGGCGUCAGGAUUACUGGGUUCUGUAUCGAUGACUUGCUGGAUAUUCCUCCUGGUCCCCCAAUUAAUCGAGAAUUACCGCAACGGAAACGCGGAAGCCAUCUCCCUCCUAUUCGUCUUCGUCUGGUUCAUCGGCGAUAUCACCAAUCUCCUAGGCGGGCUCCUAGCAGGUCUGGUACCUGUGAUCGUCGCAAUCGCCGUGUACUUCUGUAUAGCAGACGGUGUGCUGAUCGCGCAAUGUCUAUACUACAAAGCGCGUAAUUCCCGCCCCGAGUCCUUGCAUCGUCGUCGACGUUCCUCGGUUGAGACACCCGACCCCACGACCCCGCUACUGGGUCGCCGAUUCAGCGAUUCACUAGAAACGCCGAAUGGCCGUCGGCGCCGGUCGUCGGGGUCUUUGCGCGGGUACCAGAACGCUGGACGACGGGAUAGCCAGGUCGAGGAUCCAUUGGCGAAGAUUGUUGAGGAGAGUGAGUUUGGGCGGAAGGCAUGGAUUAAGAACUUCAUUAGUGUACUGGGGAUCUUUGUUGUAGGGAUGGCUGGUUGGACUAUGGCUUGGCAGACGGGCAUGUGGGCGCCGGCGCCGCAGGAGAAUUCCAAUACUCCGGAUGGAGCUACUAGUGGACAGGUCCUGGGAUACUUCAGUGCUGUGUGCUACCUGGGAGCGAGAUUGCCUCAGAUCUACAAGAACUACUGCGACAAGUCUUGUGAAGGCUUGUCUCUUCUCUUCUUUAUCCUGUCUCUUCUUGGCAAUUUGACCUAUGGUGCGGGGAUUCUGGCCCACUCGACCGACCCGGAUUAUGUGAUGACCAAUCUACCCUGGCUAAUUGGGUCUUUGGGGACUAUGGUGGAAGAUGUGGUCAUCUUUGCUCAAUUCCGCAUAUACGCUGCGCAAGAACCUGUUCUGGCUGUGGCUUGA